CGGGCUUUGGCUCCAUCAGUUGAAAUCUUCCAGUGGCCUGAAGGCAAAAGUGUGUUUUUGAAAAGAAAAGAAAGCAAAAAUGAUUCUAAAAGCGGUGUUUUUGUUUCUGAUUCCCGUUUCCCUGGGAUAUGUUGAAGAUCUUCCGGAUCGGUGUCCAUCAGCACAAGAUGAACUUUUUGUCUACCCAAAAAUCCAAUUCCCAGGAUUGGAACCAUUUCAAGUGCGUUGCUACUCAGAUGGGGAAUUCGGAUCUGGAUGGAUGGAGGUUUUUUUUAAAUUUUAUGAUUCAUGGGUAUUUAAUCUAACAUAUGACCAGUAUAUAAACGGAUUUGGACAUGUGGAGUAUCAACACUUCAUUGGACUUGAAAAACUGCAUAUUUUGACGAAUCGGAAGCCGCACGAGGUGUUCAUAGAAAUUCUUAAUUAUGAAAGAGGCUAUAGGGUGAGAUGCGAGAACUUCGUGGUGGGCGACAGGAGCGAAGGAUACAGCCUGAAACGGCUUGACGGAUGUAGCGAAGAUACUGAGUCCUUGCAGCUCAUUCAGGGCACAAAGUUCUCGACAUUCGACCGGGAUCUAGAUGGUAGUCCGGACCACAACUGGGCUAAGGAAUUGGGCCUCGGAUUCUGGUUUAGUGCUGGAAAACCAAUUUUGGAAAAGAGGAAAUUAUUGUAUUUAUUUAUCCGAAGGAAGGAUUGAAGACUACUAAAUAUGAUUGAAUAUUUUAGAUGGGGUGAUGGGGUAGCAGGGCUGGAGGCCCGAAGAUGUAGGCUAUGGGAAGUUAUUGUUUUGGUUGAGAAGGCGGGGGGCUGGCUCACGUGGGUAGAUGUCGGCGUCAGUUCUGAUCAGGAUGUAGGUGACGAAAAUGAGCACUCCCAAGACACAGGCCAGUACUAGGAGGCUCUCCGGCAUGUCGCAGAUAUCCUCCUCCGACUCGUACGGCAGUCUGUCGAACAGAAACUCCAGUGCCUCGGCAAUCAUUCUACUUUAUUGUACUUGAAGUAAAUUAUUUUAUUUGAAUUUUCACCAAAUUUUGUUUAUUAUUUUUGAUUCGACUCGUAGAAAAUAUUUCGUUUCGUGAAAAAUAUUUAGAAAUUUGAAACUUGCUUACUAGCGAACUGCCGGAACGAGCUGUACAAAUUUGAAUAGAAAAUAGGACUUCAACUUGAUAACUCGACUCCGACAACCAUCCGGCAGCCUACUUGAUAUCAGAAAUUCUCCCACACUCUGUUUUCUUCUGCGGAGUGGCGUGAUAUUAAUACGAAUUACCCCGGAAUGGAGUUGAAUUGCUGGAAAUAUAACAGAAGAAGGACCUUAACUGCCACUCGGAGGUCAUAUUACGAGAAUGGUGUUGACACUUGACACUUUGAGAGAGACUAGUCUCGGUAGUGAAGGCGUCUAGUCGGCCACCCCUUUAUAUUUAUUUUUAUGAUAUUUCCAUUAAAAUAAUUCUGAAAUAUAUAUAUAUAUGUUUUUGGCCUCGAAAGGGCAUUAAAAAGAAAGCGAGAAGCCUCAAAACAGAAAAAUUAAAUAGAAAAUAACUAGUUUUUACAACAGAAACAUUUAAAAAACAACAAAAAAAAAGAAAAAAAAUAUAACAGAAAAAAUAGAAUAUAUAUAUAUAAAAUAUAUAUAUUUGAGAAUGAGCAUGGCCAGUCAGGAGGUGGGGCCGGUACUGAGGGAGAGCGAUAGUCGCGGUAGCUCCUCCACCGCCAGCAAGCAGGGAUUCCUCUCCAGACUGGACCGCCUGCUCCGGCGCUGGCUGCCGGGUUAUAGCUACUUGCGCGGAAGACGUCGAUCCGCCUCCACCUCAUCGCUGCUGCUGGAGGUGACGACCUGUGGUGGGGGAUCUGGUGGUGCUAGUGUUGGACUAAAUACCAUACAGGAGCUGGGCAAUCGACGGCGUUGCGGUCACCAGAGGAGCACCAAGCACGAAGUCUAUCUCGAUACGGGUAUUGCCAAGUCCGAGUUCUGUCUCCAGUUGGAGGUCCUGUUGCGGAAUAAGCUGAUCAAGCAGCAGCAGCUGAUGCUCGAACAGCAGGAGCGGGACAGGGAGAAGGAGCAGGAACUGGACCAGGCACCGAUGACCACCAGUCCCCUACAGUAAUUGGAGUCCUUCAUAGUCCUUCAACACCACACCGAAGUACAGUACAGGAGAGUAGAGCCGGCAGUGCCACAAAUUCCCCAGUCGUUAUUGCACUUGCUUUUAAUUGUUCCUUUCAAAUAAAACUCUCUCUAUAUAUUUUUCAUAA